ACCGAAAGAGCAAUUCAACACCAAUCACUUCAUACCAUUGGCAAGCACACUCAACAGCCUCAUACUUAUCAAGAAAAAAAACACUCUCAUGGCUACUAAAUUCAUCAUCAUCGCUCAAGUCCACCGCUCCAAAAUCUCAAUUACAACCCUAAAACCUCGUAAAUGCAACAAAAACAAGCCCCGACCAUCAAAAUCCAUAACCGAUAACAUGUUCAACAAUGCUUGUCCUGGCAAAACGCUUACUGAAAUUUAUCAUAAUGACCUUAAAAACUUAUCCCCUCUAGCUAAUUCAGUAUUGUUUACGGAAGAUCAGCCAGUUAAAGAAGAGCAGACGAGUCAACAAGAACAUGCGAAGCUGUGCAACCUCAACCGCAAAGACGGUAAGUCGGUAAUCACAACAGAAUAUGGAGAUUUGAGACGUGAAGUUGCUCAAUUAAGCUUGUUUUGGUACAUGAAAUGUUCCAUAAGCUAUAUAUUAAGGAAGGCAAGAGCGUUUUACAAUGAGUUUUCUUGUGAUACUUGUGUUGGGAGUAGCACUAUGGUUGUAGUCGAUCCAUAUUUUUCUGUUCCGGUUUUACCUUUCAAUAAUUAACUAAUAUCAUCAAGUCUACGGGGUGGAAAAAGUUGUAUUAAAAUUAGUAACUUCGCUGUGUUGUAAUGUGUUGAAAAGUCUUGAUAUGUGUAAUGAAAAACGUCAAUUUAUGUAACAAAUGUUGUUUUA